UUUUAUAUAUCGAAUACAACAGUUUGAGUCACAUGCUCGGUUAUGCGUUACCAUAUUGUUAUUAUUUCGGUUAAUGGGCAGUUAUACGAUUUGCAUACAAUACAUUUUCCUUCUGCCUGAUAAUAGUAUUAAUUAGAAUUGAUAAAACAUUUAAUUAUUCAGUUGGUAGUGAGUGUUUACGUUCAGUGGUUUUCUAUAAUUUAGUGGAAUAACGCACAUAUGGAAACAACACCAUUAUUAAGAAAUGAUAGUGAAGAUGAGUACAAGACCUAAGAAGUAUGUGUAGAAAUGAAGAAAUGUGAUGUACGUCACCACUCUGAGAGUGAGACUCGAGAUCGUUCUGCAAAUGACAGAGAUCCCUUGAUUAAGGGUCCAAUUGUCUUACCUGAGGACCCUCACGAUAAUUUGAAUUUAUCUUGCGGCAUUUGCACGAUGUUUCCGUCGUGCAUGUCGAUACUGCCAAGACGCAAUGAGCCUCGGCCCCCAAGACCGGGACAGACGCCGGUGGUCCUCAAUGUAUACGACAUGUAUUGGACGAACUGGUAUACAGCCGGUGCCGGGGUGGGUGUAUUUCACAGUGGGGUCCAAGUACACGGGUCUGAAUGGGCGUAUGGCGGCCAUCCGUACGCGUUCACUGGCGUGUUUGAGAUAACACCACGCGACGAGCGGGAAUUGGGCGAACAAUUUCGAUUCAGACAAAGUGUACAUAUAGGAUAUACAAACUUCAGUGAAGAAGAAGUACGGAGACUUGUUACUGAACUUGGCAAGCAAUUCCGUGGUGACAGGUAUCAUCUAAUGAACAAUAAUUGUAAUCACUUCACAUCCGCCUUUUGUUUGGCGCUAUGUGAUAAAGACAUUCCGGCGUGGGUGAAUCGACUCGCCUAUGUCAGCUCCUGCGUGCCCUUCUUACAGAGGUGUUUGCCCAAGGAAUGGCUGACGCCGGCCGCGUUGCAACAGUCGCUUGCCGUGCACUCGCGCUCUUCGUCGCCCACCACGCCGCAAUAGCACCACGAGGACCUGCACUGAUGCAGACAGACAGACAAAAGUGUUGUGCGUUUUAGUGUUAAGUUCUAGUUAACAAAAACUUUGGCGCAUUGUCGACUUGUACUUCGUCAUCGAUGCGUUCUUUUGUAUAGGAAUGUAUAUUAUUACUAAAAAAUUAGUUUGUCAAGCACAGACAGAGAUUAAGUUGUAGCGCUGCUGUCUUAUUUGAUAAGUAUAAUUGCAAAAUAACGAGUUGCCAAAAUCAACUCUAACGUCAAACUUAUUGUAUAAAAAAAUUUAAUUGUUCUCGUAAGAAACUUAAAUGUUGAGUUUUUGGAGGAAAUUACUGGGAAAUUGUUAACGAAACACAAUAAGUAAAUAUUUAAAACAUAAUUAAAAACUGAAAUUGGAAUUCCAAAUAGUUUUAGUAUAGAUUUUUCUAUAUUAGUACUUUUAUUAUUUUAUGAGUGACCCCUUGGGAAUUGCUGGUAUAGAAACUUUUUGCAUUACUAUAGACAAAUUAGAGUGAUUUUUUUUAUAUUUGAUUAUAUCAUAGCUAUUUCUUAGUAAUUUGUAAGUAAUCUCUUAGUAAUUUUUUAGUAAUUUAUUUAUUAUUUCUUAGUAAUAAACAAGAUAAUUACAAGGUAAACGCAUCGAAGUGACAUAGGUUGUAAGUGUUUUUUGAAAUUAUUUUUAUAAGUUAAUAGCUUCGCAGAUGACAGGCGCCUUAAAGAAAUACCCCUUUUCCUCUACCCAUAAUAAAAAUAGUUGUGCCUUAAAAAUAAGACUUAUACCGGACGCAGCUAACAUGCACUAAACGUUAGUCGUAAGUUUUGUAUUUUCUUUCUGCUACCGCUCAAAAGUAUAGUUCCUAAAUUUAAAAUAGUUUUCUGAUAUUUAUUUGGUCGGCCAAAUCUAAGUCCUCCAUUAUAGGUUAUUUUUUUUUUACGAUCCAUCAAACCUCUUAGGGGCCGUUCAAGUAUUACGAAGAUUUACUAAAAUUUAAUUCCCCCCCUCCCCGCGCUCUGCAAAUAUGCAAAUAAAAAUAACAGGCAAAGCUUUUAAAAGAAUAGCUUAUAAACGUAUUAUAAUUUUUUGUAGAAAUCCUCGAUUUUUCAUUGCAUCGUGCAUUUGGUUUUUAAGCAUAGUGUGGCUAAUACGUGUUAAAAAGGAAAUAAUUACAUGGACCUAAUCACCCAAUACGAAAAUCAAAUAAAUUUAUUUUGCUAUAAUUUGUUUUGACGGCCUUACAACCAUAUUUCUUUUUCCGAUUGGUGACCAAAUAAAUAAUUAGAUAAUCCCAUAAUAUUUUCUCCAGGUAUUUCUUAAUUAUAACUUAGCUGUAGUUUUCCGUCCGUUGAAUUCAUUAGAAUAGUUCACUCAUCACAUUAAUGUUAAUGCAUCACACGCGUUGGGGUAUAAUUAUUAAUAUUUUUUUUUUAAUUGAUAUAAAAAUACGGAAGUGAUACCAUUUUUUGUCUUCGGUAUAUUCUAGGACUAUAUAUUUAAAUAGAAGUUUGUUUUAAAAUAUAAACGAGGAUUCAUUAAAAAAAAAUGUAUUCUUUAUUGUAUAAUGAUAAAAAUAUAUAUUUAUUUAUUUCAUUAAUUAAUACGAUUUAUAAAUCGUGGCCAUCUCCGUCGCCCAAUUAAAUCGAUUUUUUUACAAGAUCCUAAGUAUGAAAUAAAAACAUUUACACAUUGUAAAUAUACAUUGCUUAUAUAAACAUACAGAAGUUGUUUUUUUAUAAUUUAUAUAAAUCAUUCUUACACAGUACAAUGUUUAUUUGUAUGUAUUUGUUAUUUUUUAUGCAAAGUACAUAACUAUAUCCCACGCUUUCAUAUAAUGUAAAAUAUAAGUGUUUUUAAAAUAAUUAUUGUGCCAUGUUGUUAUUCUAUUCAAUUUAAGGGCGUCAUUUAGAUUAGUUAAAACGGUGUUAUUCAUAAACGUACUAUAAAUAUGUAUGAAAUGUUUAGUUUUUUUAUAUAAUAUUGGCUAUUUGAGGCUUUGGUACGGAUUUGAAUAAGACCCUUAUUUAUUUUAAGUCGUUUCAAAUGGAAAUUGUAGAUUUUAUAAAUCAAUUCACCAAAGUGUGGGGUUAUUAUAAGUUUAAUCAAUAUAUAAAUCCAUAAAAUAUUCAUCGGUUUAAAUACGGCUCCAAGUGUUAAUGUUGCAUUUUAAUUGCGCUUUUUGAAGGCUUAAGCUAUUCUAAGCCUUUUUUUUACCCCACACAGUAAAAGUCCCACUUAUAAAAACGGUUCGACACAUUAUUUUAUGGAUUCUAUAUCUCAAACUAUUUCUCGUUUUAAAACAGCUGAGCGCGGUUUUUGUAAGGCGCUCGAAACGUUGAAACGUAAAUUUGAUUGGACCGUAUACAAGUUCGCCACGUGAUAAUUACGAUUAACCAAACAUAAUGAUAAUAAUUCGUAGGGUAACAGAAUAGAGUAGGACAUACUGUACAUAGUAACUUGACAAUGCGCCAGUGAACUCGAUAUUGUUGAAGUUGAAUGAGCCUCAUUUGUAUGCCUUCAAGUAGAUGGCGCUAUAAUAAGUAAAAUCUUUUUUUAACAGGUAAAACUGACAUGCCAAGCUGAAUUGUAACUCUUAAUAGCGCCACCUAUUGGGAUUUUGUGUCGGGUUUUAAUUUGAUAAGAUUAUCUUAAUAGGUAUAUACAUCUUGUAUGUUUGUUUGAGGGUUUUAUCAGUUUUGUAUUGAUUUAAUUUUAAAUGAUCGCUAUUUUAGUUGUUUUGUUGUACACAAAUUAAUUUUCUGUAUGGCCAGAAGCCAAAGAACAUUUUACAGUUCUUUAGUGGCUUAUGACAUGACAAAUCUUAACUUAAUAUUUAUUAGAAGUGAAGAGGUCAAAGUGCAGAGACAAAUAUGGCCUAGGUUGGCCUAGAAGCGGUAUUAAUUUUAUUAUUUUAUAUUAAAAUCUUUAGUGAAUUUUAGUAAACAUUGGUUAUUUUAAUUGUGCUAAAUUAGCAUUUAUUACUUUUAAUACGCUAUUCAAAUAUUUAUUUUUUAAUUUUCCCUAACCCUGGACAAAGAUGUUUGUCGUAAGCGAAGAUGGGAAUUUGACGUUAGUUACUUUAAGGUAUGGUUUGGAUAAAAUCUCUAUUUUAUUAUUUCUAUACCUAGGUUUACUGUUAAGUAUUCAUUGUUAUGAAAAAUUCUGGAUUCUUGUAUGUUGCAAAGGCAUUUUGUGAAAUAUGCGAAUCCAGCGUUGAUAGAAAUUGUGAAAUGUUAACAAAAUACGUGACUGAACGAUAAGGUUUUCGGAAAUAUUGUAACAUUAAAAAAUAUAUCGGCAUUAGUGUUUUGAAAAGUAAACAGUUUUCGAAA